AUGGGUGACGAUAGCGCAAGAAUUUUCAUCGCUACUGACGCUGCAGCCAGAGGAAUCGAUCUUCCUCGUUUAAGUCACGUCAUCAACUAUGAUCUCUCGCCGCACAAUGUCGGCUUUCUCCAUAGGGUAGGACGUAUUGGACGGCUCAGUUCUUCAUUCCUUGGAAGAGUUACAUCAUUUGUGCGAAGACCAAGUGAAGUCCGCCUUACAAACGCUAUAGAGUUGGCAGCUCGACUUGGUCGGCCGCUAUCAGAAGUGAGACCAGAGGUAUUCAGCGAAGCUUCACAAGGUGCUGAAAAUGAUGACUAG